GUUUUUAUAUGGAAUUACGUACAGCUGUGAAAUUUUGGUGUUAGAUUGUUGAUUUUGGUGCUCUAGAUCGGCGUCUGCGUGCACUCAUCUGGUUGUGCUGCUAAUUGUGUCUUUCUUUGGUUGAUGUAUGAGAUCUUUUUUUUUAGUGUCUGGGUCAAGUGUUUUGGGGAGAUCAUGCAUGCUGGUUUACAAACUGGAUUAGUAUAGGCGUAAUACUUGUUACUUUGAGGAGAUCUUCAGGGAUGCUGGGGUACAGCAUCAGUUUGGAUUUUUUCUCGCGGUUUUUAGAGUAUAAUUGAAGUCCCUGAAAUGCAGCAUCCAGGCAGUUCUUUUUUGUUGGUUUCCUUUCUAUCCAACUUAUCGUGAAGAGCUAUUUAAUCUUUGAAGAAGCAAAAUUUACCAACCAGGUUAGGAAAUCCCAGAUAAGCUUCCUGAUUUGUGGAUCUUGUGCAUCUCUGUCUGUAUGCAGCAUAGCAAUGGGGGAGACUACUGGAGAUCAGCGCACACUGGUCCGUCUCCACAGCGUGAGGGAGCGCAUCUGCGAUUCCCUAGCCGUGCACACCAAUGAGCUCGUCGCCGUCUUCUCGAGGCUAGUUAACCAAGGAAAGGGAAUGCUGCAGCCCCACCAGAUCACUGCCGAGUACGAUGCUGCAAUCCCUGAGGCCGAGCGCGAGAAGCUGAAGGACAGCGCCUUUGAAGAUCUCCUAAGAGGGGCACAAGAGGCAAUUGUGAUCCCUCCAUGGGUUGCCCUUGCAAUCCGGCCAAGGCCCGGCGUCUGGGAGUAUGUGAGGGUCAAUGUGAGCGAGCUCGGUGUUGAGGAGUUGACCGUCCCCGAGUACUUGCAGUUCAAGGAGCUGCUUGUGAAUGGGAGGACUGAUAACAACUUCGUGCUGGAGCUGGACUUUGGGCCAUUCAACGCCUCCUUCCCUCGCCCAUCGCUCUCAAAGUCUAUUGGCAAUGGUGUCCAGUUCUUGAACAGGCACUUGUCGUCAAAGCUGUUCCAUGACAAGGAGAGCAUGUCUCCCUUGCUCAACUUCCUCCGUGAACACAACUACAAGGGAAUGACCAUGAUGUUGAACGACAGAAUUCGCAGUAUCAGUGCCCUCCAAGCUGCGUUGAGGAUGGCAGAGAAGCAUCUGUCAGGCCUUCCAGUAGACACCCCGUACUCGGAGUUCCAUCACCGUUUCCAAGAACUUGGUUUGGAGAAAGGUUGGGGCGACUGCGCUCACCGUGUGAGCAAUACUAUUCACCUUCUUUUGGACCUUCUGGAGGCCCCUGAUCCGUCUGCCUUGGAAAAAUUCCUCGGAACAAUCCCAAUGGUUUUCAAUGUUGUCAUCCUGUCUCCUCAUGGUUACUUUGCUCAGGCCAAUGUCUUGGGGUACCCUGAUACUGGUGGGCAGGUUGUUUACAUUUUGGACCAAGUCCGGGCUAUGGAGAACGAGAUGCUGUUGAGGAUCAAGCAGCAAGGUCUCAACAUUACACCAAAGAUUCUAAUAGUCACCAGGUUGCUCCCUGAUGCACAUGGCACCACCUGUGGCCAGCGUCUUGAGAAGGUCCUUGGCACCGAGCAUACUCACAUCCUCCGUGUGCCAUUCAAAACAGAAGAUGGUAUUGUUCGCAAAUGGAUCUCGCGCUUCGAAGUCUGGCCUUACCUGGAAGCUUACACUGAUGAUGUGGCACAUGAGAUCGCCGGAGAGCUGCAGGCCACCCCUGACCUGAUCAUUGGGAACUACAGUGAUGGCAACCUUGUUGCAUGUUUGUUGGCACACAAGUUGGGGGUUACUCAUUGUACGAUUGCCCAUGCGCUUGAGAAAACCAAGUAUCCCAACUCGGACCUUUACUGGAAGAAAUUUGAGGAUCACUACCACUUUUCCUGCCAGUUCACAGCUGACCUGAUUGCAAUGAACCAUGCUGACUUCAUCAUCACCAGUACCUUCCAAGAGAUUGCUGGAAACAAGGACACUGUAGGGCAGUACGAGUCACACAUGGCAUUCACAAUGCCUGGCCUAUAUCGUGUUGUCCAUGGUAUUGACGUCUUCGACCCCAAGUUCAACAUCGUCUCCCCUGGUGCUGACAUGUCCAUCUACUUCCCAUACGCUGAACAACAGAAGAGACUUACCUCCCUCCAUACAGAGAUUGAGGAGCUACUCUUCAGUGAUGUUGAGAAUGCUGAGCACAAAUUUGUGUUGAAGGAAAAGAAGAAGCCAAUCAUCUUCUCGAUGGCUAGGCUGGACCGCGUGAAGAAUAUGACUGGCCUAGUCGAAUUUUAUGGCCGGAACCCUCGCCUACAGGAGCUGGUAAACCUUGUGGUUGUCUGUGGUGACCAUGGAAAGGAGUCCAAGGACAAGGAGGAGCAGGCCGAGUUCAAGAAGAUGUUUGAUCUCAUCAACCAGUACAACCUGAAGGGCCACAUUCGCUGGAUAUCUGCUCAGAUGAACCGUGUCCGCAAUGGUGAGCUCUACCGCUACAUCUGCGACAUGAAGGGAGCAUUUGUGCAGCCUGCUUUCUAUGAGGCAUUUGGUCUUACUGUCAUAGAGGCCAUGACCUGUGGCCUUCCCACAUUUGCGACUGCCUACGGUGGCCCAGCUGAGAUCAUUGUGCAUGGCGUGUCCGGCUACCACAUUGAUCCAUACCAGAAUGACAAGGCCUCUGAGUUACUUGUGGAAUUUUUUGAGAAGAGUCAGGAAGACCCAAGCCACUGGAACAAGAUCUCACAGGGUGGACUCCAACGCAUCGAGGAGAAGUACACCUGGAAGCUUUACUCUGAGAGACUGAUGACCCUCUCCGGCGUCUAUGGUUUCUGGAAGUAUGUCUCCAACCUCGACAGGCGCGAGACUCGUCGCUACCUCGAGAUGCUCUACGCCCUCAAGUACCGCAAAAUGGCUAGCACUGUUCCGUUGGCUGUUGAGGGUGAGACCUCAAGCAAAUGAUUUGGCCCUCACCGGAGAAAUAAAUGGCGGGCGAGCACUCCGUUUUGCCAUUCUCAAUUCGGGGAUGGAUCAGAGAUCGAAGAAUGUUUGCGCCUUUGCCUUUCCUAGCUUUUAGUUUCUAGUUCAUGUGGGGGUCUCUGUGUUGUCGUAUGAGGGGAACUGAACCUGAGCAAAUUCCGGUGGUUUUUGAUGGAUGCUAUGAAUGAUGAAUGAAUAAAUAAUAAGACUGUUUCGGUGUUUUUCUAUGGAUGCUGAAUGGAUGAAUGAAUAAUAAGACCGUUUCGGUACUAUA